GAUUCUCAUCUCAAAGAUUCAGUUAUCCUUGACAGAUCCUUGAAUUUUAGAGAGAACAGUAUGUCAUAAACAAUGAAGGUGGCGUAUGGUUAAUACUUUACGAUUCUGUACCUUCUGUACCACAUGACGCGUGCGAGCAUAGUCAUAUACAACAUCUUUCAUGUUACUUAAUGAAGAAAUAAACGUGUUCUGCGAUUAUGGCUCAAGCGAAACUGAACUCGCAAGAAGAAAUAAGUAGUACGCGUAACGAUAAGGAAAAAGAGGCCGAUGAGAAGGAAAGUUCAACGACAAUAUUAGAAUGUGCAGUUUGUCUCCAACCAUGCAUAUAUCCCGCAAGACUGCCAUGCAAUCACAUAUAUUGUUACUUAUGUGUCAAAGGUGUUGCAAAUCAAAGCAAAAGAUGCCCUAUGUGUCGUCAGGAAAUACCUCCUGAUUUUCUUAACAGACCACAAUUGGUAGAAGUAGAUGAAGCACAAAAGGAGUCAGAACAUUUUGAAGAAGAAUAUCAGUGGUUUUACGAAGGCAGAAAUGGUUGGUGGCAAUAUGAUCAACGUACAAGCCAUGAAUUAGAAACUGCAUACAAACAAGGCAAACGGAAUUGUGAACUGCUCAUAGCAGGAUUUCUUUAUAUCGCCGAUUUUGGAUCGAUGCUUCAGUUACGUAGAAACGAUCCUUCUAGGCGAAGGAAGAUUAAACGUGAUUUGUAUAAUGUUCCAAAAAAGGGAGUUGCAGGCUUAAGAUUAAAUAAUCAAGAUGAGGAAAUUACUAGAGAAGUAAGGGGAGCUGAAAGGCCAGCCAGUCCUGCUAGCGAUGAUAUGGGCACGGGAGAUGGUACAAAUACUCCAGUUCCUCCAAGUAAUACACCACAAACACCAGCUGGUGGAACAGCAAGUGGUGAUGCUACACCUUUAAAUGACAGAAUGGAACAAAGGGACUCUUUACAUCAGGUAUUAGAACAAAUGCGUUCCUUAGUUCUGAGAGAACAUUUAUCUUCAGAUACAGAUGAUGAAUUAGAGGAAGAUGAAGAAAGUGAAUCACCUUCCACUCAUCCUACUUUAUAAUAACAAACAUCUAACAAUUGCUACUCAUAAGAAGAUCAUUUCCUUUUUUCAAAUUUUAAUUUCAUUGAACUAAACGUGGAAUCCCUAAUAAAUGAGAAAUAUAAUAUAAUAAUCUCAUGUAUAUGUUCAAAGAUGCAGAACUUUUAUAUGUAUAUGUAAUAUACUGAAAUGCAAUCUGUACAUUGCUCUGUGAUGCUUAUUAAAAACGAAACAAAUUAAGUACAAUUAAGUCUUUCACAACGAAAUGUUCAGUAAAUUAUUAUCUUAAGUGUUCUCUUGCAUACUACGAACGUCUUAGCUAUAAUACAUAAAUGUGCAAUUAGUAUAUUCGUUUGCACUUUUUAUCAUCUUUUUAAGAAACGUUUCUAAGAAUAAUGUCAUUCCACGUUCCUGUACUUUAAUAGUAGUUCUACUUAAUUAAAAUUUACGUAAUUUAUUUUGUUGCUGUAAAUUAUAUUAUAAAACUUAUAAUUAUUUUUAGAUCACCGAUAACUUAAGAUAUCUUAAAUGUUUGUAUUUUUUAUCAAAAAAAAUCGAUAAUAU